CACCAAUCGAAAUCAAACUGAACGUUGUAUAGACCAAUUGAAGGCAUCUUAUCAACAUUGUUACGCGUAUUUUUUAUCAAUAACAGAAGUAUAGGAGGUUGGCAAAAAAGACAAAUUAAUUGGUUCUCAGUACAGUGGUUGAUUUACUUUGCUACGCUAUUCACUACUUUCUCUCAUUAUUUACAAAUUGUCUCUCAGUGUUAUCGUUAGAAUCUAUUCAGUGAUAUUUGUUCAAGAAUAUGGUGUCUUUUGAAGCAAGAGAACAGGUUCCACUCCAUUUUGUGGCAAUUUGCUCUCUUGGAGCCCUCUUGAGCAUGAUUGCAGUGGUAAUGGGAAUCAAAUUGCGCUGGUUCCGACAUCGUCUCAACUUUGACCGUCUCCCAACGGCACCAAAACGUGACUCAACUGAGGAUAAUGUCGUUGUCACGGGAUUCUAUCGAAAAAGUUUCGAUUUUGACAAUUUUAUUGCAAUUGAGCGCCCACAAUCACUUCCACCCAUUCGACUCGAUAAACGACCCACGCAGAGAAAUUCACACUUGAUGCGAAAUACGAUUCUAACCAUUGAGAAUUCUUUGCCUGUCAGUGAAAUUUCCGAAUCAACAACCGGAAAUGACAAAGAAAAUACCACAAAUCAGACAGAGAUGAAAGAGAACGCAGUGGAAAAUGCGACUGUGGCCAAGAAGAAAGCUCCACGACCCCCAAAAGAACCCGUACAAGCAAAAGUCCUCGAAGAACCUCGAAAUCACGUGGAAGUUCCUGUCCAGGAACCUCCUGCGAAAACUCCAACACCCGUAGAAGUUCCACGUCCACCGCGCAUCUCCCAAGCAGAAGCUGUGCCAAAAAAGAGAGGUCUAUUCAGCAGCAAAAGCCCAGAAUCAAAGAAUAAGGUGACAAAAGUAAGAGUCCUCAAGCAGAAACACAUAAAAGAUAAAGAUAAAGUUGUUGUUGUGCAGAAAAAGAAAGAUCGUCCAUCGGUUCUUCAAGAAAACAUCACAUCAUCCCCAAAAUCACCAUCCAGUGAUAAAAUUCUCGCAGAAUCCACAACUUUUGCCCCAGUCAUCAUACCACGCAAUCCCAAACCACCCAAGGAACCCCAAGAACAACCAGCAGACGACAAGAAGCCCGGCAGAGAAGUGAAGCAACUUCAGUUUGCACCAGAUGAUGAGAUUAUUGGACAGAGCGAUAACUACGACAGUUGGGAUUUGGUGUCAAAGCACCGACAGAGCCUAAAUCAUCUGUCCAGCGCACCUGCUCCGAAGCCCCGACCACGAGAUUCAGUAGCUUAUCACAGGCAAAAAGCCCUUCCAAUGAUGUUGGAUCUCAAUGAAGAUCGACCACCGAAAACCCUCCGGGAAAUGCAUAAAGAGCGCGAAAAACUUUCAAUUUCCUCAAAGGAAUUUUCUGAUACAGAAGCUUAAUGUUUUUUUUUUUGUAUUCCAUUAUUAAUUUUCUGCCUUAAUGAAAGACAAGUGUUAUUUAAAAAAGUGUUUAAAAAAAAACCUAGAAUAUGUUGAAGGCCUAAUGGAGGACGCUUUCCUAAUCAUCCUUAACAGAAUUUUUUGGGAAAUAAUUUACUAGUCAGAAGAAACUUUUAUACAACAGAAAACGGACAUCAUGAUAAUCAUUAUAGGGUUUGCGAGGGAUCUCAGUGGCGCAAUAGGCAAGACCGUUGCUCUUGGACGGAUGAGAUCUCUGACUCGACUCGACUCUCACAGUUGUGAGUUUGAGUCCCGCCCGGUGCAAUAUUGCUGAAUGUUCAGAAAAAGACAUUUUCACACGAAAUAUAACGUUAAUAACAAUGCACUGCCUCUGCCCAACAACUCCGGAAGCAUGGAAGAAGCGGAGGCAGCCAAAAUCCUUAAAGGGAUGAAAUUAUAUAGAGGAAAAUGUUUAGAAUAAUUUCCUAAGCCACAGAAGAUUUCCCUUUGCCUCCAGAAAGCGCGGGUGCAAUCGAGGGAGUAGCUAUGACACUUUUAAGAAUUCGGGAUUUUGGCUUUCAGGAUUUUGGCUUUCGGGAUUUUGACCGGGACCCGGAAGAAGCAUCCACACUCCAGGGAAGGCGCUCUUGGGCGAUCUACAAAUGGACUUAGCAGAUUCUUUCAACACGGGAUCAACAACAAUAUAACAUGAUUACAUUGUAACAAUCCAAUAAUACUUCUGUAGUUCUA